CGGUGGAAGUUGAACCCAAAAAGCGCGAAGCUGAUUCGGAAAGCGACGAUCUUGUUGAUGUUCCCUCGAAGAAGCCAAAGACGGAAGAUUCUUCGGUUGUCGAAGCUUCUUUCGAAAUUCAUGCUGAUGCAGCUGAGGAUAAGGGUUCUACGCACACAAUGGAAGAUGCUUGGGUGUGCACAUUUUGCAAUUUACGAUGGUCAUGGAGGACGGUUGGCUGCAGAAUAUGCACAGAAGCAUUUGCAUGGGAAUGUUAUCUCAGCUGGAUUACCACGUGAGUUGGUGUGUUUUGCUUGGUCUAAUUUUAUGCAUACUGUAGCAAAAUAAUAGUUGUUCUGUAUUUACUUUUUAGACAGUUAAAUUAGUUACUAUAUGUACAGAUACUAGAAUCUAUUAGUUCACUUAGUUUCCAUAUACAAAACGGUUUUCGGAAAAUAAAAAAAAAAAGUACUACAUAUACAAAACGGACGGUCCGAUUAGCUUCCAUCAAAAUUCAAAUUUCCCCUCCAUGGAAAACAGACCCUUCGAUUGGUUUACAAAAUUUUUCACCCAAAGAAAUCGGAUGGUCCGAUUUCUUCACACCAAAAUGUAGCAAAAGCUGUCCCCCAUAUUUGUCUAGCACCUCCAACAUCCAUAACCAAGCACAACACAUACACAGCUUCCAUAACCAAAAAAUUCAGACAACAGCCACCCUACCUAGGAUUUAAAUGGAGACCAUAAAAGGGGUUACACCUUCAACCUUCAUAAAGGACAAUCAAUUAUGGAAGAAAAGGAUAUCAUAUUAUAAGAAAGUUAACAGUCAGCUAGGUAAAGCUGGGAGAUACAGAAACCUUCUUGACAUGAAUGCUUACUUGGGUGGAUUUGCUGCUUCUCUUGUUGAGUACCCUGUUUGGGUCAUGAAUGUGGUUCCUGUUCAAGCCAAGGUUGACACACUUGGAGCAAUUUAUGAAAGGGGAUUGAUUGGAACAUACCAUAAUUGGUGUGAAGCAAUGUCCACUUAUCCUAGAACUUAUGAUUUAAUUCAUGCUGAUUCAGUCUUCAGCCUUUACAACCAAAGAUGUGAAUUAGAAGACAUUCUGCUAGAAAUGGAUAGGAUUCUUAGGCCAGAAGGAAGUGUGAUACUCAGAGAUGAUGUUGAUAUAUUAGUAAAAGUAAAGAGUAUAGUCAACGGUUUGAAUUGGGAAAGUCAAAUUGUUGACCAUGAAGAUGGGCCUCUUGAAAGAGAGAAACUUUUAUUUGCUGGACAGCUCCUAAAGCUUCAAACGGAGGAAUGGCUAAGGCACAGAGCGGUACAUGCUCGAACGAGCUGA